GACAGAGCCUGUCCCUCCUGCCACACUUUUCAUCGGUCCGCCGACAGUAGCUUCUUGUAUGGAGUUGAGAGCAGAUGUUUUCGGAAUUUCUGACGUGAGAUUCAGCAUAGUGACCGUCUCUUGCAAAAGACCUGGAUACAGAUUGUCUUUUGUAGUUUCCCGCGCACUUCAAGGUUCUCUAUGGAUGUUGGACUCAGCCGAUCGUCUCUCACGAGCCAAUUGCUCUCGAAUUCCCGACCUGUGUUCACUCGUGUCUGGUUGCUCAGGCCCCAACUUCAUGGACUGAACUUAGACGCCCCAACGUCCACAGCCCUACCAACGGUUCCGGGUGCUCCUUCCAAAACGAACAGGCCGUCAUAUCCAUAGCUCUACCAAUGGUCGCACUUACUCCUGCAAAAAUGGACAGGUGACGUAGAUCCUAUCCUACUGUAUAUAUUCAC